AUGACUACAAUCAUAGGAAAAAACAUAUCUGCAGCAAGCUCAACAGCUCAAUUAUUAAAUAAUAUAGAAUUUCAGGAUUAUUUGCUUUAUGAUAGUUCUUCAGGCAUCGAUAUGGAGGGAAAAGGAGAGAAUACUUAUAAAAAUGUUCCAUUAAUAGAAGCAACGAAAUUGAACCAAAAUACAGAAGACAUCCCAAUACCAGAGAGGUCGCCCAGAAGGCCAGUUAGGAAGAAUAUGAAUAUAAGUGAUUUUCAUCCCAAGCAAAAUAUUUCAGCCUCGCCAUGUUCAGUGCUGGACAGCAGCUCAUUUGAAUACAGAAAUGACGACUCUGAAAAAUCCUCUAAUGAAUCCAUUUUCUCUCAUGAGGGAAUUCUUGAAGACGAUCAACACCCGAUUUUAGAUGAGUUUGGUCUUGACCUCGAAAGCAUUGAUGAUUUGGACUUAUUUCUCAGUGAAUUAGAUAUUGAUGAAAAUGGAAAGUCAAAUAUAAUCUUCGAAGUUGAUGAGGUUAUCAAUAUAGUUGCAAUUCAUUCCAAAUCUGAAACCAGACCCAUAUCGUACAUUAAUGUUAACUAA